CUGACAUUGUCUGACAAACAGAUUGCUUGUAAAUUGUUAGAUGUCGAUGACAUUAUAUAAAGAAGCAUGUUAUGUUAUAAUCAAUAAUUAGAAAAUAAUCCCACACGAUUCGGAAACGGCUAUAAAGGCUCUGAUACCACAUUGUUAGGGGUGACUUCAUGAUGAAAACUCUGAUGUUGCUCUUUCUUGGCGUGACCAGUUCCUGGGCCGCGGACUACGAAUUUCUGCUCGAGGAUCCGGACAUCCUUUCGCCGUGCACUGACGGUCCGCCCGGCGCUAUCGACGCCCGAGAGGCAGUCGAUUUUGAACAUAUUGUGAUCAAUGCUGAAGCUGAUAUACUCCACGUUUCCGGCAACGCCACCGUCAAUUGGAAUGUGCACCCCACCGACCGUAUUACAGCAAAGCUUGAACUUUUACACUUCAACCGCGGCAGCUGGGAGCCCACUGUUUUUACAAUGAACGCGAAGGACUUCUGCUCCAUCAUGUACGAUAAGAACCAGUACUGGUAUAAGUAUUGGACUACCUAUAUUAUCAAUCGCGAUGAGGUUGAGGAGAAGUGCAUCAAAGGGCCUGGUGUCGUGUUGGUACAUGAACCCUUCGAUGUAAGGCUUAAAUUUAUGAAUCUAUAUGGUCCAACUCUUCGAGGACGUUAUAAAAUGGUAAUAACGUUUCACGCACUCGACGAUUUCAACGUGCCGCGCCCAAAACCUAUUUGUGUAGAGAUCAGAGGGGAGUUCCUAAAGUUGAAAUAGUGGAAUAAAAAACAGAAACUGUUAAUAAAUAAAUUAUUGGAAUUUUGAAUAAAGAUUCACUAAAAAAAGAA